UUGAAUGAAAACGACACAUUGUUUAAUCUUCUUUGUCCUUGGCCAUAAAUCCAUGCGGUUGGCUUUGAAUACCGUGUACAAGGAGAAUGAAAGCAAUGGAAGGGAAUUCCACAGCAAGAAUUGACUUACGAAGUAAGAAGGAAACUUCAUACUGGGGAUUCGAAAUGAAUAUUCUACUUGUGAAUUUAUAUUUAUUUAAGCUUAGAAGAAUCUCCUUUAAGGCACUAAUUGCUUGCUGGUUGCUAAGAGCAGAAAUGCCCUCCCCACUGAAUUCUCCAACACCAUGUUUCAUCUACUUUUCACUUACCUCCAUUCUUUUAAUUGUCUGCCAUCUUGGAUACAUCACCGGCACAGCAGUAGAUGACAACUCCACCAUCAUUGGGGCAAUCAUUGAUGCUAAUUCUCGUAAAGGCAAAGAGGAAAUAACCGCCAUGAAGAUAGCUGUGGAUAAGUUCAAUAACAAUUCCAAGAAUCAUAAGCUCUCUCUUAUCUCCCGGAACUUCACCGGAGAACUCUAUGGGGCGGCCUUAACAGCUGAAGAACUGAUUAAAGAGAACAAAGUGCAAGUGAUUGUGGGCAUGGAUACAUGGCAGCAAGCAGCUUUAGCUGCUGAAAUCGGAAACCAAGCUCAAGUACCAGUUCUUUCAUUGGCGGCAGCCGCGAGUGUCCGGCCAUCGAGGCAGCUUGGAAGGUCCACCCUGAUACAAAUGGGCACCAAUGUUUCUGAACAAAUAAGGUGCAUUGCAGCUAUCGUUCACUCCUAUCACUGGCGAAGGGUCAUCGCAAUCUAUGAAGAUGAUGCGUACGGUGGGAACACUGAGAUGUUAACUAUUUUAUCUGAAGCUCUUCAAAGAGUUGGCUCGGAGAUUGAGUACCAUUUGCCUCUUCCUCCCAUAUCAUCUCUAUCUGAUCCAAGAGGAGCUGUCCAUCAAGAGCUCUUGAAGCUUUUGAGCACACAAUCCAGGGUUUUCAUUGUUCUUCAAUCGUCUUUACCAAUGGCUACCCAAUUGUUCCAAGAAGCAAGGCGGAUGGAUUUUAUGGGGAAAGACUCAGCCUGGAUAAUUACAGAUAGCAUUUCAAGCUUCCUGGAUUCCAUGGACACCUCCGUUAUCUCCUAUAUGGAAGGGGCUCUAGGAAUCAAGUCCUACUAUUCCAAAUCCAAUAGGCCCUUCCAAGAAUUCUCUGCCCAGUUUCAGAAAAAUUUUAAAUCUGAAUACCCAGAGGAAGACAACGCCCAGCCAGGAAUUCAUGCACUACGAGCAUAUGAUAGCAUUGCUGUCAUCACACGGGCCCUGGAGAGAUUAGCUGGUGAUACUAAUACUCCAAAAAUGUUGUUAAAAAAUAUAUUAUUGAGUGACUUCAGUGGUUUAAGUGGAACAAUUAAUUUUUCAAAUUCAAAUUCGUUGCCAUUCAUGAUUAUAAACAUUGUUGGAAAGGGCUACACGGAGCUUGAUUUUUGGACACAGGACUUGGACAACCCUUUCAGCAGAGAAGGUGGAGACAAAAAUAGCGGUAGAAACACCACAAGGAUUUUGGAGGGUCCAGUGAUUUGGCCAGGGUACCUAAAACGUGUCCCCAAGGGAUGGGAAAUGCCCACUGUUGCAAAACCAUUGAAGAUUGGAAUUCCAUCUCACCCCUCUUUCGAGAAGUUUGUGAUGGUGGACAACGCUCAAACUGAUCCUGAGAAAAAAUAUACUGGUUUCUGUAUUGAUAUUUUCCGAGAGGUGUUGAAAAUUCUGGAGCAAAAUUACUCUUUACCCUAUGACUUCGAUCCAUAUCAUGGCACAUAUGAUGAGCUGGUUGAUUGUGUUUACAACAAGGUAAUUACUCCUAUCUCAAGCCUUUGCUCUUUAAUAGCCAAACGUUCAAAAAAGGUGGAAUUCACACAGCCAUAUGCUGAAUCAGGAUUGGUGAUGAUACUACAAGUAAGGUCUGAAGAACCUCACAAGGCAUGGAUGUUCAUGAAGCCUUUCACUUGGAAAAUGUGGGUAACCACUGGUGCACUCUUGGUCUACACCAUGUUCAUAGUUUGGGUACUGGAGUACCAAUCCAACAAUCCGGCAUUCAGAGGCCCAUGGAAGAGUCAGCUUGGGACAGCUCUUUGGUUCACCUUCUCUUCUCUUUUCUUUGCUCAUAGGGAGACAAUUCGUAGCAAUAUUACUCGAGUAGUGAUAGUGGUGUGGCUAUUUGUUGUCUUCGUCUUAACCUCCAGCUACACUGCUAGUCUCUCUUCAAUGCUCACUGUCCGACGACUUGAACCCGAUGCGAUAGAUGUCGAAUGGCUAAAAGCUACCAAGUCUGCGGUUGGUUGUGAUGGUGAUUCGUUUGUGAGGAAAUUCUUGGAGAAUGUGACUAAAUUCGAAGCGGCUAAUAUCAAGAAUAUUAGCAGCCAAUACCAAUACCCCGGCGAAUUCCAUAGUGGGAACAUCUCAGCUGCCUUUCUUGAACUUCCUUAUGCGAAAGUUUUCAUCAAUCAGUUCUGCAAGAAUUACACUGCCACCCAACCCCUCAACAGAUUCGGAGGAUUAGGCUUUGCCUUUCAGAAAGGCUCUCCACUAGCUGCUGACUUCUCUGAAGCCAUCCUAACCCUAUCUGAGAAGGGGAGAAUAAAAGAAUUAGAAGAUAAGUGGUUUCCUCGUUCUGCCGAGUGUUCCACCACCGAAACUGAUGAACUGAGCCUCGGAAACUUCUGGGCUCUCUACCUUUUAUGUGGCACCACUUCCACCCUCUGCUUCCUACUAUUCCUCCGUCGCCUGCUCAUCGAUUUUAAACGCCACCAGGCAUCCAGAAGUGAUGCAAGCCCAAGUGAUGAGAGUGUCUGGAUGAAGACUGUUCAAUUGGUACAUUUCUUUCAUCAUGGACACACUGAGAUUCCUAAUGAAAAACCGUCAAAUUUGCCUCCCCGUCCCACUGGAGAUGAAUGGACCUCUCCAAGGUUGUCACCAGAGAGCCCUUCUGAUGCCCCGGAGCCUUCGGAGGCCUCUCCACCUACUGCAACUAUGAACUCAAGGGUGAACGCUUCUGAUGUGCUGGAGCCUCCUGAGACCUCUCCCCACAACCAUGUACCCUAGAUAGAAACCAGCUGUUGAACUUGUGUACUACUAGUUUACUCAGAUUGAAUAAAUAAUUGAUUUUUGUAAAUACAACUAUA